UGCCCGAGUCGUGUGCAAACGUGUGGAAGCCUCAAGAAAAAUUGUGGAAAAGGCAUAACUUGUGCAGCAAAAGAAGCUUUGUGCACUUUAAAUAACAUUAAUAAAUAACUUAAGCGUUUCAACAGACUGCAAAGUUCAAGCACUUUAAUUGAUUUGAAACUUAUAUGCAGCUAAAUAAAAUCUAUAAUUAUUGGAUUGUGCAAUUGCAUGCGUGUGAUUAUAUAAGCAAUAGUUAAAUUUUUUAAUAAGUUGCCAGCUAUUUUUUGUGCCAAGUCAUAGUCAAUGUUUGCCGGCAAAUGAAAGCAUAAAGCGAAUCAAGCAGAUUUGUGAAUUUGCUUGGGUUUAGUUUGUCUAUUUGGUCGCUGAAUUUUGACAGCCAAACGCAAAUCCCAUUGCAAAUGCAAAAGAAAUAAGAGCACAAAGCAAAAGCUGAAGCAGAAGCAAAACUUUUUUUUACAAAAGCCAAAGAAAAACAACGAGAAGAGCAGCGAACUUGCGCAAGAGCGGCAACAUUUAUAAAUAAAACUCAGGCAGCCAAGCAAAAUAAAAAAGAGCAACAGAGAAACAUAAACAAACAACAAAAAAGGCAGAUUCAGCAAAAACAGCAACAGCAACAACAAUAACAACAACAACAGCAAUCAUGCCACAAGCUGUGGGCAUACAAUGGUCGAUGCCAGAGACAAAGAAAAAGGCGCCCAUCAUUAAGGUGUCCUGCGGCAUUGGCGAUACAGAUGGCUUUCCCGCCUUCGAUGUCGAAUCGGAUGCCUACGAUACCAAGGAUGAUACCAAAUGGGGUUUUCUGAUAACCGGUGGCGCCGAAUUUCACAUGCCUUUAACCGUCUUUCAGGUUACACCUGAUGGUCUGGCAGACAAGUCGGGCGUACGUCUGGGCGACAUAAUACUCGAGAUAAACGAAGAGGACGCCUCGCAGCUGACGCUGGUCCAGGCACACGAGCGAAUCAACGCAACGCCCAAGAAGGUGCAGUUUCUCAUGCGCAACAUGGAGGAGGACGAUCCCAUGGGCAUGUACGAGGCGGGCGAGGAGAAGUCCAUUGUAAUGCGUGUGCCCAAGCCAAUGCCGCCGCCUAAGGGUCGCGUGCAGGCGAGCGCCAUUGAGCUGCGUCUUAUCGAAAUGCAGCGCAAAUUGUCCGCCAUAGCGGAAAUACCAAAGAUCUUGUGCUCCACGCUGGCGACAGUUUCCCAAAGCUUUGGCACAGUGGAACGCAAAUGUUCCUAUGACGAAGAUGCGCUGGACUAUGAGCUGACAGAGCAGAGCGACAGCGAGAGUGACAGCGAUAGUGAGCGACAGCUUAAGGAUAUAACGCCCGAAUCGGAUUACGCAUCGGAAGCCAAUUAUGCGACAAAUGAGCAGAGCGAACUGACAGACAAUGAGGCGAGCGAAGCUGACAGCGACAUUGAAUCGACGACACCCAAGGCAGUCUACUACAUGAAGCUGCCGGCAGCGGCGUCAAAUCAAGCGCAUUCAGCUCACACAAGCAGCGAUGACAGCGAUUUCUUAAGCACCACUUAUACCUGGAAUUUGCGCAGCACCCCCAAGCAGCAGCAGCAGCAGCAGCAACAACAAAGGCCAGUUGAAGCCCAGCAGCUGUGUGAUUUGACACUGCCAACAGACAUAUCAAAGGUGCGCGCUGCAACGCCCACGCCCACGCCCACACCCACGCCCACGCCCACAAUAACAAAGCCUCUAGAUACAACAGAGGUUACAGCCAGCCCGGUGCAGACACAAAAGCUCGUUUUCAAGCUGGAUAACCUGGAGCGCGCCUGGCCCUGGGCAGACCGCGAGAAAAUCAUUUACAAGCAAUCAACUUGUCAUUUGGUGCCACGCAAGCCGCUGGGACUUGUGAGCCAGCGCAUUCAGUCGCUGGCCAAGCACGAGCAGCCGGGCAAGGACAAAGCGCAAUAGAAGACACACUCGCUCACCCAGUUGAGCACACUCCUUUUUUUAUUUUUUACAUAUUUUGCACUUAAGCAGCACUGCCAACUUUUAAUUGGUUUCAUUAUGCAAAUGUGUCAACCGCAAUACGGAGCGUAUGCGCAACUCUCGUCUUUACACACACACACACAUAUGUACUUCAGCUACAGCUUUAAGCCAGCCCAGUUCCAGUUCCAGUUCCAGUUG